GCGUGCAGUGCGAGGCUGCGGGUAGCGGCGCCAUGUCCGGCAGAGGCAAGGGCGGGAAGGGGCUCGGCAAGGGGGGCGCCAAGCGGCACCGCAAGGUGCUGCGCGACAACAUCCAGGGCAUCACCAAGCCGGCCAUCCGCCGCCUGGCUCGGCGCGGCGGCGUGAAGCGCAUCUCGGGGCUCAUCUACGAGGAGACGCGCGGCGUGCUGAAGGUCUUCCUGGAGAACGUGAUCCGCGACGCCGUCACCUACACCGAGCACGCCAAGAGGAAGACGGUCACGGCCAUGGACGUGGUCUACGCCCUCAAGCGCCAGGGACGCACCCUCUACGGCUUCGGCGGCUGAAUGCGGAUCUCGGACCUUAACGCUGUCAAAACACCAAGGCUCUUUUCAGAGCCACCCACACGUUUCACAACGAGAGCUGUUUAUUACUGAAUUUGAGGUUCAAAAGUGUUAAAGCAUUUUUGAUUCUUU